AUGUCUGAUCUCUCCCAAAAGUUCGAGACGCUCCAACUUCAUGCGGGCCAGGAGCCCGACCCGACUACCAAUGCUCGAGCUGUCCCCAUCUAUGCGUCUACCAGCUUCGUCUUCAAUGACUCGGCCCAUGGCGCCCGUCUCUUCGGCCUCAAAGAGUUUGGGAACAUCUACUCGAGGAUAAUGAAUCCUACCGUGGACGUCUUUGAGAAGAGAAUCGCCGCUCUCGAGGGAGGUGUGGCCGCGGUGGCUGCCAGUUCCGGCCAGGCGGCUCAGUUUAUGGCCAUUGCCGCGCUGGCACACGCCGGCGACAACAUUGUCUCGACGUCCAAUCUGUACGGCGGCACAUACAACCAGUUCAAGGUCCUCUUCUCGCGCUUCGGCAUCACGACCAAAUUCGUCACCGGCGAUAAGCCCGAAGACCUGGCCGCUGCCAUCGACGAGAAAACCAAGGCCGUCUACAUCGAGAGCAUCGGCAACCCGCGAUAUAAUGUGCCCGACUUUGAGGUCAUUGCCAAGGUCGCCCACGAGGCGGGUGUCCCAGUUGUGGUCGACAAUACCUUCGGUGCUGGCGGCUACUUUGUCCGCCCCAUCGAGCACGGCGCCGAUAUUGUCGUUCACUCGGCGACCAAGUGGAUCGGCGGGCAUGGUACGACCAUUGGCGGCGUCAUCGUCGACAGCGGCAAAUUCGAUUGGGGCAAGCACGCCAAGCGGUUCCCCCAGAUGGUCGAGCCAUCGGAUGGUUACCACGGCCUCAAAUUCUGGGAGACCUUUGGGGCCAUUACCUUCGCCAUUCGCGUCCGUGUCGAGAUCCUCCGCGACCUUGGUGCCUGCCUGAACCCGUUCGGCGCGCAGCAGCUGCUGCUUGGUCUCGAGACGCUCUCGCUCCGCGCCGAGCGGCACGCCCAGAACGCGCUGGCCCUGGCGCGGUACCUCGAGAACAGCAAUUAUGUCUCAUGGGUGUCCUACCCAGGCCUCGAGAGCCACCCGUCGCACGAGAUGGCCAAGAAGUACCUCAAGCGCGGCUUCGGCGGCGUGCUGAGCUUCGGCGUCAAGGGGGGCGGCGCUGCCGGCAGCCAGAUUGUCGAUGGGUUCAAGCUGGUGUCCAACCUGGCCAACGUUGGCGACUCCAAGACGUUGGCCAUUCACCCGUGGACCACGACGCACGAGCAGCUCAGCGACGAGGAGAAGAUCAGCUCCGGUGUUACCGAGGAUCUCAUCCGCAUCUCGGUCGGCACCGAGCACAUUGACGACAUCAUUGCCGACUUUGAGCAGUCCAACCACAUUCAACCCGCACCGUCGUGCGCGCGACAACAAUACACAGCCAUAAUGCACCUUCCAAAACUCCUCUUCCCCUUUCUGGGCCUUCUCCUCCACCACUCGACCCCGGCAACUGCCAAAUCCAAACCCUCCACAACAGCAGCAACAACGACAAUCACCCUCCGCAUCCCGCCAUCCCCACCCCACCUGCCCAACCCGCACCUCCUCCCGCCCUCCACCCACGCGACCCUGACCACCCUGGGCCAGUCUUUCUCGGCACCGCUCUCGGUGUCCAACACAUUUGUCUUCCGUGACGUGCCGGCCGGGUCCUACCUCGUCGACGUGCACUGCUUGACCCACGCGUUCGCGCCGCUGCGUCUGGAUGUUGCGAGGUCUGCUGUCCAGGUGGAAGCGGGUGGGCUGGGGCAGGAAGAGGAUGGGGUGGUGGAGGUGAAAGCGUGGGAGACGUUUCGGGGGAACGAUUGGGGGAAUAAGGGGGAGAGUUUGCCCGUUGGGCAGAUGGAGGGGGUUAGCGGGGUAAUGGUAGUGGAUGUGAAGGUCUUUGGGGCCAAGGGGUAUUUCAUGGAGAGGAGUAGCUUCUCGGUGCUGAGCAUCUUCAAGAACCCGAUUAUUUUGCUGAGCUUGGCCAGCAUGGGGCUGUUUUUCGGAAUGCCCAAGCUGGUGGAGAACAUGGACCCCGAGAUGCGCGCUGAGUGGGAAGAGCGGCAGAAGGAGAACCCCAUGAACUCGAUCAUGGGCGCCGCCUCAGGUCAGAACGCGAACCCGCUGAGCAACUUUGAUAUGGCCGCUUUCCUGGCCGGGUCGGGGUCGAAUAACAAGGCCGAGGAGGGCAAUGGAAAGGGUAAGGGGGAGAGCAAGAAGAAGCGGUGA